UAAAGCAACAUUAUUUCCGCCCUGGUCCGGUGCCGUCCUGCGUAUCUCCGCGAGGAGCUUUUUUUUUUUAAAUGGACUCCAAAACGAGUCCGAGCUGAUCGUGGUCGUGACUGACAGUCCGCUCCUGUCGUUCCUCGCCGUCUGAACCGAAGAAGGAGGAUGGAUGGAACCUUUUCACCGGCCGCUAUCUUCUCAGCAUUCCUCCUCACGGUCGCGUUGUCAUCUCCAGCAGCCUCCCUGGAGCCAUACGACCUUUUGUACGACAGUGCGGUGCAGGCGUUUUACAAAGGCGACUAUACGAAUGUGGUGCGCUACAUGGAGGGAGCGCUCGGCAGCUACAAAGAAGUCCGGCGCACCAAAGUCCGGUGCCGCCUGAGGUGCCAGGACCAGCAUCCCUUUGAUGAAACCUUCUCGGACCUGCGCUUCGCCGACGUGGUCCUACGGAGAGCAGCGUGUAUGAACACUUGUAUCGAGGAGAAAAUUGGCACUCAGUCCGUGCAUAAAGUCAGCGAGGAUGUAGUGCAGGACUUCCAUCGGAGGAUCCCCUACAACUACCUUCAGCUGGCAUAUCAGAAGUUGAAGCAGCCUGACAAGGCAGCGGCGGCGGCUCACACUUAUUUCCAGGCCAACCCAGAACAUGUGGAGAUGGAUCAGAACCUGGAGCAGUACAAAGACCUGCAGGGCGUGGAGGAGGAGCACUUUGUGGACCGCGAAGCUCGGCCUCACCAGCGCUCCUUCGCAGCAGCAGUGAGCUUGUAUGAGAAAGGGGAGCAUGAAGGAGCCAUCGCUCUGUUUGAGGAGGCUGUGGUGGAGUACUAUAAAGCAGACUCCGAGUGCCGGGCCCUUUGUCAGUGGCCGCAGAGGUUCGAGGGCCACGACUACCUCCGCUACCGUUACAGCCUCCAUGAAGUCGUAUCAGAUCACUUCACUCAGGUGCUGCACUGUGAACACGAGUGCGUUCGAGACCUCGCCACCCGGCCGGGCCGCCUCUCGCCAAUGGAGAACUACCUGCCUCUGCACUACGACUACCUUCAGUUUGCCUACUUCCACGUGGACCGGCUGGAGGAGGCGCUCCAGUGCUCUCUGACCUACCUGUUAUUCCACGAGGGAGAGGAGUCCAUGACGGACAACGUGGAUUACUACAGAGAGACGCUGGCACACGAUGGCAAGCCAAGAGAGGAAGCUGCAUGGUACCUGAGGAGGCACAGACAGGAACUGGAGCUUCUUCUGAUUGGCAGUAAAACCAUGGGUGUGGAAUUUAUAGAAGGGAAUUACUGGAGCAGCACAGGUGGAAGGGAGGACUCAAACAGGAUUCCCUCCGGGACAGACGGCUGGAUGGAGUAUGUUCCCAUUUCAGACAAGAAGAACGUCACAGCCGCCGCUCAACAGCACCUCAAAGAAGGUGGCCCCUUGGUGUAUGACGACGUGCAGCUGGUGCAGAACUCUGCGGCCUUGAACGGGACCCAGCGAGUGCUGCUGGAUCAUGUUAUAUCUGAGGAGGAGUGCUCAGACCUCAGGCGCCUGGCUCAUGCUGUCACCAUGGCAGGAGACGGUUACAGAGGGAGGAUGUCUCCACACACUCCCAAUGAGAAGUUUGAAGGAGCCACUGUACUCAAAACCCUGCAGUACGGCUAUGAAGGCAGAGUGCCGAUGAGGAGCGCUCGCCUGUUCUACGACAUCAGCGAGCGAGCGAGACGGGUUAUCGAGUCUUACUUCCUGCUCAACGCUACCCUGCACUUCUCCUACACACACCUGGUGUGCCGGACAGCCAUCACAGGCCAGCAAGAUCACAGGAAUGACCUGAGCCAUCCCAUCCAUGCUGACAACUGUCUGUUGGACCCCGAGGCCAAUGAGUGCUGGAAGGAAGCACCAGCGUACACAUACAGAGACUACAGUGCACUGUUAUAUCUAAAUGGAGAUUUUGAAGGAGGGGAGUUCAUAUUCACAGAAAUGGAUGCCAAAACAGUCACGGCGUCAGUGAAGCCCUUAUGUGGCAGGAUGGUGGGUUUCUCAUCAGGAGGGGAGAAUCCACACGGCGUGAAGGCCGUUACGAGCGGGCAGAGGUGUGCUGUCGCUCUGUGGUUCACCCUGGACCCGCUCUUCAGAGAACUGGAGAGACUGCAGGCGGACGAGGUGAUCCAGGCGUUGGACACGCAGUCCGUGUGGGGUCAAGGCCUCAACAUCAACCCGAAAGAUGAACUGUAGAAGCUGCAGCAGUUCAUCCCCUUCUAUCAAAUCCUUCUAUAUAUUUUAACUAUUUAUUGAAUCGACCUCUGGAUCAGAACAAUUCUAUUUUUGUACUGUUUGAAGUGCAAGAUUAAUAAUAUUGUCAUUUUUGUGUUCUCGGUAGCGUUUUUUUUAAUGUUUCUCGACACAUAAGUACUUGAGUUUGCCUUUUUGUUCUUUGUCUUUCCCUCCAGUGACGGCUUCUAAAAACCCAACUCACUUUGUUUUGUUGUUCCUGGUAAGAAGUUUCAUGUCAGACUGAUCAUAGCUGUACUCUCACUGAACUGUGAAGAAUCCAAAGAGAAGAACGCCAAUUUUUGGUUUGCUUUGAGUUGUUCUUGUUCCGAACAACAUAUCUAAUGUUUUAGUUUUUUUAAUAAACACUAAGAAUACCUUACCUUAGUGUUCAGUAGUUCAAAAUAAUUCACAAAUGGUACUGUUUCAUAUGUUAUUACAAGCAGAGCCAGUAAAACAUAUAUUUUCAAUACAUAAGCGGUGCACUGUUUUUAAAAUGGUACUCAUACAAAAAGAGUUUAAGAAAGAGAUAUGUUCUAAUAUACUGAAUAUUGAAUGAUCAUGCACUCUGUCUUUCUCUGUGUGUCAUGUCUGAAAGUGAAAAUGUUUUCUGUCGACUACUUUGUCCACUUCUCACUCUCUCUUCCGGGCACGCGGAGCAGAAUAUACUGGUCAACAUGUUCACUGAUGUUUGUGUUUUACUUUUAUUUAUGACUUUUUAAUAAGAGACAGCUGCUGUCGUAACUGUCUGCAUUUAAUAUGAGGAACUUUUUUUCAUAAAAGAUGUCAAUCAUUCCUGUUUCAAGGAAUACGUAUUUGUAUCUAUCUUUUGUCUCUUUGUGUUUGUGUUGCCGAUACAGAUGAUAGGCCGAGUCUUGCACUGUAAACUCAAAGGAAAGAAACCAAGAGCAGCUUUCUUUCCGACAUCGAUUCAAACCGCUCACCAGAUGAAUCCUGUCGUUUUAUGAGGUUGGCCACUUAUGUUUCACUGAUAUUUAAUUCUGAA